GCGGGGGCCUGGGCCCGCGCCGCCCCAUGUGACCCGGUCAGACAUGGUGUCGCCUCCUCUCGAGGAGGCAGCGGCGUCUUCGGCUCCGCUGCGCGUCGAGCCGGCCCUGCGGCCGCUCAUGGGCAGCCAGGGCCGCUCGGGUUCCCCCGGGAACCGCGGGCCCAGGGAAAGCGAGGGCGGGGAGGCGAGGGUCGCACGGGGAAAGCGAGGAAAGAGGAAGGGGAAAGCGGGCACCGGGCACGGCGGAAGAGGAAGCGGGGCGGAAGGGAAGCCGGGCCUGCAGCCGGCGAGGAAGACAGCGGGGCCGGGGGCUGAGGCGGGCCCGGGGCAGGAAGGAGAGGAGGGCGCAGGCGUGGAGGAAGGACCGAGAAGCUCCGGGAAGCGGGAUGAGGGGAGCGCAGGCCCAGGGAAGGAGGAGGAACGGAGGCUCGGGGCCGAGCGGCGGGAGGACGGCAGCCUGGAGAGAGCACGGGAGCGUGGGUGUCAGGCGUGGGGCGGCAUCCCGGGGACCCGGACGGCCAUGGCGGCGGCCGGCGACGAGGAGGCGACGGCGGCGGCUGCGGAGCCGUCCUGUCGUCCGGCCGCGGGGCCCGCGUUCUGGCGCCUGCCGGAGGAGCUGCUGCUGCUCAUCUGCUCCUACCUCGACAUGCGGGCCCUCGGCCGCCUGGCUCAGGUGUGCCGCUGGCUGCGGCGCUUCACCAGCUGCGACCUGCUCUGGCGCCGGAUAGCCCGGGCCUCGCUCAACUCCGGCUUCACGCGGCUCGGCACCGACCUGAUGGCCAGCAUUCCAGUAAAGGACCGAGUGAAGGUGUCUCAGAACUGGAGACUGGGCCGCUGCCGAGAGGGGAUUCUGCUGAAGUGGAGAUGUAGGCAAAUGCCCUGGAUGCAGCUUGAGGAUGCUUCUCUAUACAUAUCUCAGGCUAAUUUCAUCCUGGCCUACCAGUUCCGCCCAGAUGGUGCCAGCUUGAACCGUCGGCCCUUCAGAGUCUUCGCUGGGCAUGAUGAGGAUGUUUGUCACUUUGUGCUGGCAAACUCGCACAUCAUCAGUGCAGGAGGAGAUGGGAAGAUUGGUGUUCAUAAGCUCCAUAGCACCUUCACUGUCAAGUACUCGGCUCAUGAGCAGGAGGUGAACUGUGUGGACUGCAAAGGGGGCAUCAUUGUGAGCGGCUCCAGGGACAAGACGGCCAAGGUAUGGCCUUUGGCUUCAGGCCGGCUGGGGCAGUGCUUACACACCAUCCAGACUGAAGACCGAGUCUGGUCCAUUGCCAUCAGCCCGUUACUCAGCUCUUUUGUGACAGGAACAGCUUGUUGUGGGCACUUCUCACCUCUGAGGAUCUGGGACCUCAACAGUGGACAGCUGAUCACACAUCUGGGCAGUGAUUUUCCCCCAGGGGCCGGGGUGUUGGAUGUCAUGUAUGAGUCCCCUUCUACACUGCUGUCCUGUGGUUAUGACACCUAUGUUCGCUACUGGGACCUCCGCACAAGUACCCGGAAAUGUGUCAUGGAGUGGGAGGAGCCCCAUGACAGUACCUUAUACUGCCUGCAGACAGAUGGCAACCACCUGCUGGCCACAGGUUCCUCCUACUAUGGUGUUGUGCGGCUGUGGGACCGGCGCCAAAGGGCUUGCCUGAACGCCUUCCCACUGACGUCGACUCCGCUCAGCAGCCCUGUGUACUGCCUGCGACUCACCACCAGGCAUCUCUAUGCUGCGCUGUCCUACAAUCUCCACAUCCUAGACUUUGAGAACCCAUGACCAAGUGCCCUGCCUCUGGGUC